CUUGUUCAAAACCAUCUCUCUCUGCUGCAGUUGGAGGCGGAGAACGAGGUGAACAAUGAGAUGGCCAAUCGGAUGUCUCUGUUCUACGCCGAGGCCACGCCCAUGCUGAAGACCCUGAGUAACGCCACCACCAAGUUUGUGUCAGAGAAUAAGACCUUACCCAUUGAAGACACCACAGACUGUCUGAGCACCAUGGCCUGUGUGUGUCGCGUCAUGCUGGAGACCCCUGAGUACCGUUGUAGGUUCACCAACACAGACACCAUGUUGUUCUGUAUGAGGGUGAUGGUGGGAGUGAUCAUUCUGUACGACCAUGUCCACCCUGUAGGAGCCUUUGCCAAGACCUCCAAAAUAGAUAUGAAGGGCUGCAUCAAGGUGCUGAAAGAACAGCCUUCCAACAGUGUGGAGGGGUUACUGAACGCACUGAGGUAUACGACCCGACAUCUAAACGACGACAGCACCUCCAAACAAAUCAGGGCUCUUCUCCAAUGAGAGUGAGAGGAGCAGAGAGAGGGAAGGAAGAUGAGAUAGCGAACACGGCGGGAGAUGAAGAAGAACGAGGGGUGAACAAACUGUGGUGUGCUGAAUCCUGUUUGUUUACAAGAAUGAAAAGGAAAAUGAUCCGGUCUGAUAAGAAGCGCUGAUGAAAAGAACAAGUCUAUGUGUUGCUCAUCAUUCUGUCUCCCAUUUUGUAAAAAAGAAAAUGAAGGAAGAGAAACUAUAGAGAUAUAUAUUAAAGAGAAAAAUAGCGAAACAAAAAAAAUAAACAAGUGUUACAAGAUGGAAAUAAGACUAAAGAAGAAGAACAACAAGGAAAAAGCUAUAUUAAUAAGACUAAAGAAGAAGAACAACAAGGAAAAAGCGAUAUUAAUAAGACUAAAGAAGAAGAACAAGGAAAAAGCUAUAUUAAUAAGACUAAAGAAGAAGAACAACAAGGAAAAAGAUAUAUUAAUAAGACUAAAGAAGAAGAACAAGGAAAAAGCUAUAUUAGAAAAUCUACAGUCAGUAAACAAAACUCAAACAAAAAAAAAAA